CUCUCUCUCAUCCCCUCUCCAGUGCCAUCAAUCAGCCCUUUCCCCCCCCUCCCCCGCGAGGAGGGUCCGCACCGGCGAUGCCCCAGAGCCCGGGGAGCUGAGUCAGCAUCGCCGCUCCAUCCCCACCGACCCCAUCCCGGCUGCUCCCGCCCUCCGGCUCCGCCGCGCUGGGAAAAGGAGAGCACCCGAGCCAUGGCUGAGAGGAAGCAGAACGGGCGGCAGGGCGAGGAAGAAGAGGUGCCAGCCUUCUUCAAAAACCUGGGCUCGGGCAGCCCCAAGCCCCGGCAGAAAUUCUGUGGCAUGUUCUGCCCGGUGGAAGGCUCCCUGGAGAACAAGACCAUCGACUUCGACUCGCUCUCGGUGGGCCGGGGAUGCAACAAAGUGGUGGCGAAGCAGAAGGACGUUGCCCACCUGGGUCCGGAUGCUCAGUCCGUGUAUUCCAGGCAGAGCGGGAAGGGAGGGGAACCAUCUGUUGAUUUCGGGAGAAAGGUGGAGAUCAGGAGUGCCACGGGGAAGGAGGCGCUGCAGAACCUGAACGACAAGAGCGAUCGUCUGCUGAUCAAAGGUGGUAAAAUAGUUAAUGACGACCAGUCUUUUUAUGCAGACAUUUACAUGGAGGAUGGGUUGAUAAAGCAAAUAGGGGAGAACCUGAUUGUGCCAGGGGGGGUGAAGACCAUCGAAGCCCACGGCAGGAUGGUGAUUCCCGGAGGGAUUGAUGUCCACACCCGCUUCCAGAUGCCGGAGCAGGGCAUGACAUCUGCUGAUGACUUCUUCCAAGGGACCAAGGCAGCCCUGGCUGGAGGCACCACCAUGAUCA